AAUUAGCCAGAGACAACUAAGGAGCCUGGGCAGUUGAGACUGAUCCUAAGUUUUGUGUGAAUAUUUGAUUAUUUUUAAGCUGAACAGAAUUCAUCCACCUCUGGGAGCUGUGGGGGGUUCAGCAGACAAGAGGGAGGGAGAAGAACAGAAGAACGGAAACAAAUGGAAAACAGCCCUGAGAACAUGUCCUCCUCAGACAUCCGGCUGGUGCUCAUUGGCGGGAGGUGGUCGGGAAAGAGUUCAUCUGCCAACACCAUCCUGAGGAAGGAAAGGUUUGAUUGUGGCCAGGUCAGGACGGCUCAGGCUGAAGUCAGGCAUGAAGUGGUGGAGGGCAGGAAACUGAUUGUGGUCGAUGCUCCCGGAUGGGGCAGCCACCUUCGCCUCACCGAGAUCCCAGAGGGGGACAAGCAAAGGUUUAAACUUAACGCGUCCAAGUGUCCGCCGGGCCCCAGCGUUUUCCUCCUGGUCGUCCCCGUGGACUCGUCUUUCUCUGCAGAGCAGAGGACGGCCAUGGAGCUGCACAUGAAGCUCCUGGGCGAGCGGGUGUGGAGAUUCACAAUGGUGCUGUUCACCUGUGGGGACUACCUGGUGAAGAAGACCAUAGAGCAACACAUCGAGAGCGAGGGGGCAGCGCUCAUGUGGCUGAUCGAGAAGUGUGGCAACAGGUACCACGUGUUCAACAACAAAGACAAAUCCGACUCGUCUCAGGUCUCAGAGCUGCUGCAGAAGAUAGACCAGAUGGUAGCCAACAACGACGGCCGCUACUACAAGGUGGAUGAGCAGACUUUGACGAUCAUCACAAAGAAACAGCAGGAGGUGGCCGAGAGAGCCAAAGAGAGACAGAGGAAGGCCGAAGAGCAAAGGCGAGCCGCGAUGACGCUCAUCACAGAAGACAUGAACCCCUUUCCAGAACUGCGGCUAAUUCUCCUGGGUUGUCGAAGCGUCGGGAAAACCUCAGUGGGGAACACUAUCUUCGGCUUUAAAGAUCAAGAAGAAGGAAAACGAACGGCCCACUCGGUGGUGCGGCAGGGUUUUGUGGAUCAAACCAAAGUAACUCUGGUUGACACUCCGGGCUGGUGGAAAGGCUUCCCUGCGCUUGACACUCCGGAAGCUAUCAAAGAGGAGAUGAUGAGCGGCUUGUUCCUGUGUCCUCCCGGGCCACACCUCUUCCUGCUGGUGAUAGACGCAGACGCAUCCUUCAACGUGAAACACCUGGACGCCGUGACGACCCACGUGGAGCUCCUCGGGGACGAUCUCUGGGAGCACGUUAUGAUUGUCUUCACCCGAGGAGACUGGCUGGGAACACACACCAUAGAGGAGUACAUCGAAGGCGAGGGGGAGGCCCUCCGGUCCCUAGUUGAACGAUGUGGGAACAGGUACCACGUCCUGAAUAACAAGAACUGGAAAGACGGCGCCCAGGUCGCAGAGCUGCUGGAGAAGAUCAGUGGAACCGUUGCCAGGAAUGGCGGCAAAUGCUUUGUCCCAGAUGAGCAGUUAUUGUCAGCCAUUGAAGAGAAGCAAAGAAGAGUGCAGCAGGGAGCAUUGCUGAGGCAAAGUCAAGUCCAGGAAAUGAGGAGAUCCCUCAGAGGGUGGAGGGAGUCCUCUCGCUGCUCUGUAGAGAUAGACAAAGAAAUAGCUGAAGGUCUGACUAUGAACCCGCCAGGUGUCCACACCGUUCUUCUGGUCAUUCCCUUGGACUUGACGUUCAGGGAAGUGCAUCGUGUCGCCCUGGAAGAGCACAUGAACCUCUUUGACCCCAUCAUCUGGAAACACACCAUCGUCUUGUUUACCCAUGGAGACAGACUGGCCGACAGAUCCAUAGAGGAGCACAUUGAGCAGGAGGGCCUCCCUCUCCGCUGGCUCGUGGACAAGUGUGAGAAUAAGUAUCACGUCGUUAACAACCUGCAGAAGUCCGACGCCAGUCAGGUGUCGGAGCUUUUCGACAAGAUAGAGGAGAUGGCGGCAGCAAACGGGAACCGGCUCUUCUGCCCAGACAUACAUAGUGUGCAUUUGAAAAUCUCAGAGAAGCUGAACCGGAAGCAGCUGAAAGACGUGCUGAAGAAAAAACUGGAGAAGGAAUACAGGAGGAGAGAGCUGGAGCUGAUGACAGGGUUCAGGGACACCCUUGUCCAACUGCAAGAAGAGAUCAGGCAAAGUGGAGCUACAGUCGGUGACACAACCAAAAGCUUGGUCAAAAGCAGUGGUUUUAAGAAGAAAAACAGGAAGGAGAAGAAUGUAGACACGAAAAUCAGCCAAGAAAUUGAAGAGAUGGAGAAGAAAAUCAAGACAUGCAACACCUUUCUUCAGGGCAGCAUGGAGGCUUUGUUUCCUGACUUGAAAGGAGACAGUCCAGCGCCAUCCAUUGCCGAGUCUCGGACUGAUCAGAUGAGGUCAACCCGCCACUUUAACAAAGUUCUGGAUUGGCUGUCUCACCUUCAGAUCAACACCGGUGUGGAUAACCAGUUCACUCUCAACUUCUCUGAGGCUACCUCGGGGUACAAAUCUGCAUUUCCACCCGACUUUGGUCAAGAAUCAGUCCAGGGUGAAUGGUAGAAUUGAGGGAGACUACACUUUUCCACAUUUGUAUACAGGAAACAGUAAAAAAAAAAGGAAAAAAAGAAAUAAAAUUGAAGGGCGUCAACAUGAAAAAAAAAAUACACUGAACAUUACGUUCACUCUUUGGGAGUGGGAGUCAAGUUAGAUGACUGUAAAUAGAUUAUAGCAUUAUUUCUCUAUAGCGGAUGG